AAAAGCUUACUCAAUACUUUGACAUUCGGACACAGUCGACACUGGGCGUUAGCGAAGUAUAUUAUAUUACCAUGGAUUGAUUUCACAGGAAGUCACGCUUUUUGAGGUGGUUUUCGGUCUUACACAACAGCGAAGUGUACUGAUCGUCCUUAUUUUCACAGAUUAUCGACUGACCUUACGAGUUGGGUUAGGUCGGUCGAAAAAUGGUGUUCAAAUAUGGGCAAAAGUGCACAGAACAAAUUCAGUCGAGCGCGCAAAAGUGUCUUGGCGAAACAACAAAGUUUGACCAAGUUGUUAGCAAACGAACACAACCCAGAUGCUAUCAGAUCUCUGGUACAGCUCUAAUCUUCCUAAUCAUUGGACUAGUCUUGGUCAUUUUGUGUCGCCGAUACAUCAAAGACGUUUUGGAAGCGCUACAGAAUUUGGAUGAAUGGCAAGGGAUUCUGUUGUUUGUAAUCAUGUUUACGGUUGUUUCUUUCCCAAUGACAUGGGGUUACAUCUUUCUUAACGUAGCAGCGGGUUAUUUGUAUGGAUUUGUGCUUGGAUUUAUCGUCGUUAUAUUUUCCGUACUGUGUGGUUUAUCCAUUGCAUUCAUUGUUUGUAGACGAUAUUUACGAGAUUUCGUACGCUCAAAAUUGGAGUCGGAUAGUUUAAAAGCUAUUAUGCGUGUUGUGGAGGGCAAACGUGGUAUCAAAGUCAUUGCAUUAACUCGGCUUACACCGGUACCCUUUGGACUGCAAAAUGGAUUGUUUUCGGUAAGUAAUCAGCAGUAUUUUUUGCUAUCACAUGAUCAAUCGUAAGGUUGUCUUUCUCCUUGUAUCCGUUGGUGAUUGUGAGUAAACACCUUUUUCGACUCGAGAGCUUUCUCAACUUUCUGUGGCGUCCAUCUGCUUCUUAUGUCAAUGUCUCUGUAUAAACUAGUCAAACACUACUCCUUACUCAUGUAGGCGUUGAUUACUUUUCAAUGGGAGGGGUUUUGAGUAACCUUUUGCUGGCAUCGUCAGGUUGUUUUACAGUUAUAUUUUAGUUAUCGCAUGUUCUUGACAUGAAUUCAGAAUUAUGUAAAGCCAUGAGGCGUCCCUUAGCAUGUCCGUUCAUAGCAUGAUAAAUACUUCUUUCUGGUAAUUUCAAAGCCAUUGUCAUUUGAUGCAAAUUAUAUAUUUACCUCCUUUCAUCACCAUUAGAAAUAAAGUAUUGAUUUGUGCGUAAAGCAGAUGGCAAAGACUGUAAUCGUAGCUUAAAAAAAGUUUAUAAAUUAGGGAUAUGUCAUUUAAUUUUUGUCCAACCGACCUUCACUAGCUCAAAAAUAUGAAAAAGUUAUUGAGGGCUAUGUCACGUUAGUAAGGCUCUUAAGGGGGAGAAAUCAGUGUAAUAGAUAUGGACAAAUGGAAGCAUUUUGGUACCUCUUAAAUAGAGACAGUGGCUUCUUAUUAGACCAUAUCUAUGAAACUGUUUUGGCCCUUUUGAAACCCUAAUACACUGUAUCUAAUCUCUCUUGAAAUGCAAAUUUUUGGAUGUGCCAAAUUACAUUGAGGCAAAUGAUAUUUUCUGAUCCCAGUAUUUGACGUUUUUAAUCUUCUUAAGCUCUGAGAAAAGGGAGUGAUUACUAGUUUUUUUUCUAUUUAAUUAUAAUUCUAGAGUAGAAAAACAAUACUUUUGACCUUUUUUCAACUUUUUUAAGUAGUUUAGGAAUCAGCAACAAGCCUCAGUAAACCAAUGUACUAUAUGAUGUGAUAACUUCUGGCUGGUGAUACUUUGUUUUUUUUUUUUAAUUUUUAAACAGACUUUCAAAACUUUCUCUUCUAUAAAAAAUGCAUAAAUUUUGUUAAUAAUAGUACUUUGUUUGUUAUGAAAAUAUGAUCAUAUGUUAGGAACAAGAAAAAUCUAGGGUUUCAUCCUAAUUAUGUUUAUUAAUCGUAAUUAACUUGUAUUUUCCUUCUUCCUACAGGUAACUAAUGUUAGUACAGCUAAAUAUGUAAUUGCAUCUACAAUUGGCCUUCUUCCUACACAAGCAUUAAAUUCAUACAUGGGAUCUACAUUUCGUUCUUUGGAAGAUCUGGUUGAAGAGCAAUCUGGAGGAUACAUUAUCCUGUUUGUUCAAUUCAUCAUUAGUAUACUUUUAAUGACAUAUGUUAUACGCCGAGCAAGAAGGGAGUUGAAUAGAACUUGCGAUGAGACAGAGCCUGAAGUUCUUGCUAAUGGUCAUAUAAUAGUGGCUGUACCAGAAGAAUUUCAACUGAUCCCAGAAGAAAAGAAUUUUAAAAUGGAUUUUGACUUAGAGGCACAGCUGGAAGAGAAAGAGUUCAUUGAUCACAAAACAGCUAAAAAAGGCCACAAGAGGUCAAAAUCUGCAUCAGCUGUGUUAACUGCAGUCAAUGAAAUUGCCAAAGGAGCCCAAACUCCAUAGCUAUUGUUCAUGAACUAUCAUUUGUAUUUUUUAUUUCCUUGUGGAUGAUUAUGUUGUUGUUUGAAACUAAUUCUAGGUCAAAAUGGUUUUUAAUUAAACUAUUUUUAUUUGGUUUUUAAUGUCGAUUGAUUUGCCUUUGUUCCAAACACUGGUUUAUUAUCACAGUGUUCAUACAAAGUCAAAUACAAGGUUGUCUUGCUUUAAAUCAUUUUUACUCAAAAAAUUCAAAUGUCAUCGGCUACACUUGGUUUAGUUUUCUGUUAUUAGGCUUACAGUGUAUGUUUAGGAUGAUUUGGGAUGAUCAGAGAUUUCAAACUUUUUGCCAUCCUUAAUGUCUCUGAUAUUAGCUUAGGGGCAAUAAAGGCGAUAAAGAGUGCUCUUGUAAAUCUGUGACUUCUUGUUUCCAUAAGUUGGAAACAUCCAGAUGUGGGGGUACAGCAAAUUAAGGUCAUUUGUAUUUUAUGUAAUGGUGGAAAGAGGGCUUUUUAAUGAAGUCUUAUAUUUAAACCAAGAAUUAGAGGAAAAGGUGAUAAUUGCAAAUUGCAGUACAGUACCUAUUAAAAAUGCACAUACAAGCAUUUAAAGAACAAGAGCGAGAUUUCCCCUCAGAUUAGGCUUUCCCUGGUCUCUUAGACUGCAAACAACUUGGCAUAGUCAUUACAUAGUGCAAAAUUGUUAGGUAGAUCAAUUUAGGAAAUAUUUUUUUUUAAGAGAGGAACAUGAUAAGUAUUUGCUACAAACAGCACCAAAGUCUUCCCAUCAAAGCUUAAGACCAAAGUAACAAUCCUUUGCACUUAUUACUGUACAUUUUAAUGACAAGUUAAUGGCAAUUCUGUUUCUGAUAAAGUAUUCCCAAUAAACUGCAAGUGGGUCAGAGGUGAUUAACUUUCCUUGUUUAUUUAAGAAUUUUGAAAUUAAUGGUAUUUCUAGAUUGGUUGGGAUUUUAUUGGGAUGUUAAUUAUUUUAACAAUUCAGGUGCCUGAACCCAUGCAUUUACCAGGCAUAUUUAUUUAAUCUAGGGCUUCAAAUUAUUCCAUUCUUCAGUGGGCCUCGUCUGAAGGCAGAUUUUAUUAGAAAAUAAAUAUAUUUAGCCUAUUUUCAAAUUAAUACUUAAUCUGGAUUCCUUUCAUCUUGGAACAGCUGUCAAUUAUGGUUUUCUGGCUUUGUAACAGUUUCAAGUUUCUCUGCAGUUUACAGUGUCUGACUAAAGCAGUGUUCUUCAGAACCACAGGUGGCCAGGAUUUUCCUUGGCUACUUCCUUCUGAGGCUGCAGCUAACUGUUGUGAUCAGGAAAAUAAUUCUUCCUGCUAGCUUGGUUUUUUUAAUGUAUUUGUUUGUCUGGUAUUUUUGAAAAAAAAAAAAAAAGAAAAAAUCUCUGGAGAACACUGGUUGGAGAUUAAAUUUGAUCAGAGAGUGUUUUGACAUUUUUUGUUAUUAUGUGAAAAUUUAUUUAAUAAUCUAAUAUCCUCAUUUUUAGUACUAUUUUGAUAUUAUUUUACUCAGUUCAGAGAAUAUGAC